AUGCCUAGAGCGAGAUUUGUUAAUGACGAUGUCAUUGUUUCAGCAUUCGAUAUUUCGAAAAUAGCUCUGCUUGAUUGCGGAGAGCCUGAUGCUCGAAUCAAUGGUGUCACCGGAGAUUUUAGCGAGUUCACCCUUUUCCGCACUGAUACUACAAAUGGACAUGAAUAUAAAGAAUCGCGACAUGUUAAGAUGGAUAUGAAUUUCGAUCCUGGCAAGGAAGUCAUUCUUCGCGGUGACAGUGAGCAGCUCAUGCCAAAUAGUAUAUAG